UACCUCACACACUCUCAGCCUCUGCGCAUCAUUUAAAGGGAGCCCGGUCGUCGCUUCCCCGGCCAGUCUCACCGCCUGCCUGCUUUAUAAUAACACAACCGCUUCAACGUUACUCCACUUUUCUUCUUUCUCCCUCUCCCUCUCUUCUUCUUAAUUUAUCGCUCUUUGUCUCUGAACCCAAACGUCCAACUUGAACCGACGCGCACCACCGUUAUAUGGAAGUCUGCCAGGCGCAUUUAUUCUCUCGUACCCGGGAGGAAGCGCGCGGCGGAAAGCGUUUGAGGAGUGAAGAAAAGCAGCCGUGAUUCAUGGACGUACAGCGCAUCAUGAGAAUACUACUACUACCAACAAGGGAGAACCUGGCAUGGCCCGCUGUGUCUAAAUGAAGUGGUUCAGCCAUGCAAUGUUCCUGGAAGGCAGUGAUUCUGCUGGCGUUGGCCUCCAUUGCCAUCCAGUACACGGCCAUCCGGACACUCACCUCCAAGCCUUUCCAGCUGUGCCAGUUGCCCAGCCCCCAGAACUGUGGUCUGGGGGGCCAGGAGACAGAACCUCCCUUUGAGCGGGGAGCAGCAGGCAGUGGAGGCUGCGAUGACUACGCUUAUUUUUCUGUCAAUGCCACACGUAAAACACACAUCCUGGUCCUGGCCACCACUCGCAGCGGCUCCUCCUUUGUUGGCCAGCUGCUCAACCAGCACCAGGAGGUAUUCUACCUGUUUGAGCCUCUUUAUCAUGUUCAGACUACACUCAUCCCACGUCUGUCACACAGCCGCAACGCUGCAGAUCGGCGAGUGAUGCUGGGCGCCAGUCGAGACCUCCUGCGUAGCUUGUACGGGUGUGACCUGUAUUUCCUGGAGAAUUAUAUCAAGCCGACCCCAACAAACCACACCACAGACAAACUGUUCCGGCGUGGGGCUAGUCGAGCCUUGUGCCAGCAACCUGUAUGUGAUGCCUUUGGUCCUGCUGAUGUUAAUGUGGAGGAAGGGGACUGUGUCAAGAAAUGUGGUGCUCUAAACAUGACCUUAGCAACGGAGGCAUGCCGCGACAAGCGCUAUGUGGCAUUUAAAAUUGUCCGGGUUCCAGAGAUCGGAGAUCUGCGUGCUUUGGUGGAAGACCCACGGCUCAAUAUCAAAGUGAUUCAACUCGUCAGAGACCCGCGUGGUAUCCUGUCAUCCCGGAUUGAGACAUUCAGGGAUACGUAUCGUCUGUGGCGUAUUUGGAGGGCCACAGGCCGAAGACCCUAUAAUCUAGACUUGAGUCCGCUCACAGGUGUCUGUGAAGAUUUUCUCAGUUCUGUUUCCACUGGUCUUAGCCAUCCCUACUGGCUGAAAGGGAAGUACAUGUUGGUUCGCUACGAGGAUUUGGCAAGAAAUCCGCUUCUCAAGACAAAGGAGAUCUACGACUACCUGGGACUGCCUAUGGAUAAAAAUGUGGAAGACUGGAUACAUGCGAACACUCGGGGCAGCAAUGAGCCCUCGGCAAAACACAAGUUUGGUACGGUGAGGGACUCGGCAGCUAACGCAGAGAGUUGGCGUUUCAAACUGUCGUAUGACAUGGUCGAGUACACACAGACUGUGUGUCAGAAAGUACUUCACCAGCUGGGAUACAAAGCUGUGAAAUCAGUAGAGGAACUGAAAAAUAUGUCCCUCUCACUGGUAGAGGACAAAACUUUUUUACCGUUUUUGUAACAAAGAUAGUUCUCUAAUGACUAUUUUUGAUAUAUUUAUAAUUGUUGCCUUAUAAUUUCCUUAGGUUGUUGGUUUUGUUUCUGUAAUUUUGUUUCUUCAAAUUUGCACUAAAAUUUAAAUAUUUUGAAUGCACCGAGGAAAUUAUGGAUUAUUCCCCAAUGUUGCAGAACAGCACACGUUAACACAAAGUCAUUGAACACAGCUAGUUUACGGAUGUGUCAUCGUUAAGUUUUUCCCGUGAAUAGAACCACAACGAGCCACUGUCUUCAUUAAUUUCCUGUAUGCAAGCUGUUGUUCCAACAAAAGUCCAAUGUUACCCUUCAUGAACAUGGGAAAAGAGAUGAGAAGGGUUUGAUAAAACAUUUUUUUCUCUCUUUCUUUUUUUCUUUUUCUUUUUUAGACCUGUGAUGGCAAAUUUGGACUGUACGAGCCCUACUGUGCAAUAAAAUAGUGUAUGUCACAGUCAACCUUUACCACUAUGGCAUUUCUAUCCCUAUGGGAAGAGAAGAGAUACUUCUGACAGUUGCCACACUUGCAAAGGAUAAUUGCAGACAAUUAAUAGGCUCAGCAGUUAAAGGGACAAAAUCCCACUGGAAGUCACAAGUGUUUCAUCAGAAAAUGUGCAACCAUCUGUGACAGACAAACAGUAAUGAGAGCUGAUAUUGAAAUCUUCAUGACUAUUAGUGAUUUAAAGAAUACAUCACAUUUUCAAAAUGACUACAGCAUUAAAAACACUGGACAUUGUAUUGGUUCUAAUCCGAGUAGACACCGAAGCAUUCUGAUGGAAAAACUGGAUUUGUUACCUUCAUUGAGUACUUUUAUUCUUUAAUUUGGAGAUUCUGUUUAUCCUAAAUCACACACAGUGUAAACUUUACACCAUCAUUUCUGUAUUCAAUUAAAAAUGUUUAUUCUAUAAAUCAUAAGAUACUAAUAAUUUGUUAAAUAGGAAAGAAUUUCCAUGUUUUUAUGUCACUUGAUCAUUUUGAAAACAAAAAACAUCUCACAGCAACACUAGCAUAUGCAUUCCCUGUCAAGUAAAAUAACGUAUAUCUUUCAACAGUACAAAUUUAUCUUCAACAUGAGAGACUUGUAACUUUGUAGAACGGGUUGUGCUGCUGAUUCUCUUUUUUUUUUCCAGGAUGAGUGGAUAGCUUGCACUGCACAACACUACCACUUUCACAGUAUGUCUAUAUCAGAUCAUACAGAGCAUUACAGUAAUGACCGGUCAUAAUCUGGAACAAAUCCUCCGAUCAUCAUAGUAACAGUUGGCAUGCUGUUUAAUGUCUCGAAGAUCAAGGUUGAAAUACAGUGCAGCGCAAUCCCUUUUUGCUCUUAAGCUGAACACACUGGACAGUUAACAAAUUACAGAAAACAAUGUUAUUCCUUUUUAUUCAUGUCUGAACAUAAACAGCCUUUUGGUUUUCUAAUCCAUUUCUUAAAACAUUCCUGAGUUUAUGCAGCAUAAAAUUGAAAUAAUUGACAAAAUUAUGUGCUGUAAAAUUAACCAUAUUAUCUGCUAUUUAUCAUUAAUGGACUCUUGGACCAUUACUGCUGCGAAAAUAAAUAUGGAUUUGAGACCCCCAGCUGGUGCAGAAAACAUUGUUGUGGUAAACAUUCACACAGUCGGUUUGUUUUCGGUUGCAUGUUUACCUGAUAAUGCAGUACUUAGUUUCUUCCCAGUUAGAGUGCAACAGUGAUCGUUUCAUGCUGUACACUGUAGCCGUUUAAAUUGAAUGUUGGGUUCCAAUAUGCAGCACAGAAACUGUCAAGAUGUGUGCACAAAACAGUGCUGCACCUGUAAAAUCCAGAGUAAACACCUUUCAGAGUGAUGUUGGUAAGCACACUGCACACCACACAUAAAAAACAAGCAGGGACACAAUGAAUUGUCAGCGUCAAGAUAUAAACUGUGAUUAGUAACACAAGAAUGAUUGUGGUUUUAAAAUCUGCCGUCAUAUCAGGAGAUUGUAGUGGUGUUAAACUGCAUUUAGUGAUACUGUAGUAUAUCAUACUGUAUAUAUGAUAAUGUGCAGGUAAAUCCUGACUAAAGAUCAAAGUAAUGUCCGUCCUUAAGACUGAUUUUUUUAAAAAAUCACGCAUUUCAUCUUUUAUCUUUCUUUUGUGUCAGUUUUUUUUCUUUUUCAAAAUUUUAUUUCCACAAAUGAUGUCACUGCAGAUAACUGUGCAGUCAAAUGACAUAGGGGAAAGACACCCACUGAUUUCCAUGCAAUGACCACUUGUUUACUCAUAAGAUAUAAGCCCUGUGAAUGGAGCAUCACACAGCCGGGCUCAUCAGUAUUGGUGACCGGAUGUCCAUUGUGAUGCAGAGCACAAACCUUUGAUCCUCCUCUGUGCCGAGGCUUGGAGGCAAACUCUCCUUCUCUCUCUCUCUCUCUCUCUCUCUCUCUCUCUGCCUGUGCUUUCUCCAUCAUCCACCUCUUUCUUUCUUGCCGAGAUCUCAGGGGAUUGUUCCUGUGCUUCAGUGCUCACUCUCUGUUUUUCACUUUACCUCUGAAUCGUCUAGAUGUGCUUGGCAUACUUUCAGUUUUAAAACUGCCACAAAGCUGCACUUGAGAACAUGCAUAUGAUUUCUUUUUGCGAUUAAAGGAAUAGUUUGACAUUUUGGAAGCGGGCUUAUUUGCUUUCUGCCUGAGAGAUAAGAGAUCGAUACCACUCUCACAUCUCUAUGCUAAAUAUGAAGCUACAACUGGCAGCUGGUUGGUUUAACUUAGCACAAAGACUGGGAACAGCUAGCCUGGCUGUCUGGCUGUAACGAAAUCUGUGUGCCUACCAGCACUAUGCUAUACAGACCUAAGAACAUCGGU